AUGGCCCAUCAGAACCCAGCAUUUCCUUCUCGAUACGGUGCCUCGAACCUUGGCAAACUCCCAGAUCGAUCGGUGCAACCAUUCGGUACAUCAACUCAACAACAAACACGCGAGACCGCCAGGCAAGAGCGGGAACGUGAAAAACAGGAACAAGAACGAAGGGAGAGGGAACAAAUGGAAAAUUUGAGCGAGGAGCAGAGAGAAGAGAUACGGGAAGCUGUUCGUCCUACCCUGGCCCCGUUGUGCGCGAGCGUCAAAGCAUUCAACCUUUUCGAUCUCGACAAAGACGGCCACAUCGACUACCACGAGCUCAAAGUAGCCUGCAAAGCCCUCGGCUUCGACCUCCCAAAACCCGAACUCCUCGAAAUCCUCCGCAACCAUGGCAUCGAGCAACCUACCCCACAAUCACAGCAAUUCGCAGAUUCCAAUCGCAAUCUACCCGCUCCAAUACCGAAAAGGCUUCUCCCGUUCGUGCAGUUUCAGAAUAUACUGAUGACGAAGAUAUUAGCGAGGGAUCCAAGGGAGGAAAUAUUGAGGGCGUUUGAGCUGUUUGAUGAAGGUCAAAAGGGGAAGAUCUCGUUGGAUGACUUGAGAAGGGUGGCGAGAGAACUUGGGGAGGGAUUGGAGGAGGAGGAACUGACGGCUAUGAUUGAUGAGUUUGAUAUGGAUGGGGAUGGAGCAAUCAGUCGGGAGGAAUUCAUGGGCAUUUGCUUGAGUUGA